CGAACCAGCCGCCAUUUUGUUUGAUCCCCGGACGAUGUGGCCGAGUCUCUGUGCCGCCGCCGCCCUCGUGGUGGUGCUGCUGCAAGCGGGCGGCAGCACCGGGAGCCUGGCCCCGAGGAGCUCCACGAGCACCUGUGGAGAGCGGGUACUGGUGGAUAUGAUAUCAGGACCUCGAAUCGUAGGUGGACAUGAUGCACAGCUCGGAGCAUGGCCGUGGCAAGUUAGUCUCCAAGUUUACCAAUAUGGUGUAGGAUUUAAACAUCUGUGCGGUGGAUCUUUGGUUAAUGAGUAUUCAGUACUGACAGCAGCACAUUGUGUUAGACGACAAGUGGACCCAUACUACUGGAGGGUUGUGAUUGGCCUUCAUGAUAUUUCCAGACCUGAGAGACAUACUGUGAAACAUAGUGUUAGAGAGAUUAUUGUCCAUUCAGAAUUCCGGAUAGAGACGUUUGAAAAUGAUAUUGCAUUAUUUAAACUAUAUAAAUCUGUAAGCUACAAUGACUAUAUUCAGCCCAUCUGCUUACCCUUUAUUCACAUUCAUCUAAACAUCAACAACCAAACAAAGUGCUUCAUAAGUGGUUGGGGUAGUAUUUCAGAGAAAGGUGAAGGCUCACCUAUAUUACAAGAAGCUCAAGUAGACAUUGUUCCUUCUGAUAUUUGUAAUGGUUUUGAAUGGUAUGAAGGAAUGGUUAAUAAUAAUAUGUUUUGUGCUGGCUUUGAAUCUGGAGGUAUCGAUAGCUGUCAGGGAGAUAGCGGUGGACCAUUAGUGUGCUGUCACCUGGAUACCAGCAAAUAUUAUCUGAUAGGGAUUACCAGUUUUGGAUUUGGAUGCGGCCGACCCAAACUUCCUGGGAUCUAUGUACGUGUGUCUCGAUAUAGAAGGUGGAUAAAAGCUCACCUUUUGCUGGCUAGCAAAGCCACCAGGACCCUGAGCAUUACAAUUGCUCUGAUUCUCUUGACUGUGGGGUGGACACACACAUCAUUUGAUUACACUAGAGACAUCAGGGGCUUCUCUGAGAUUGCCGCAUGAACAGGCAGCCACGCAUGAUUUUUAUGAAUAAGUAUCCUUAAUGAAUGUGUGUAAAUGCUACUUGUUUAGUAAAAGGCAUGUGUUUUUUUGUCUAAUCUAUGUACACAGCCUGUAAUAAAGCAUUUUUGAGCUAUUAUCACUAGUAUCAUAAGUAAAAAGAUGCACAAUAGAGAAAGAUAUUGUACAAUUGCAUUAGUAUAUUCUGUGGGACUUGAACUUUAAACAUGAUGAAAACCAGCCUGUUUUCUAGAAUGUUGUUACAAGGUUAUAGUUCGUUAAAUAAAGGACCAUUAAAGAAAAUGUGCAUUACAGUGGUUAGCUGGCACAGCAUAGCAGUCCCUUGUUUGUUAAAGUAAAGCAGAAAAUGUAUAAUUUAAGCAAAUCAUACUGUGUAUUCUGUUCUAGGCUUAAAGGGACAUUGUCAUGUAAAUGAUUUUUCAAUACUGUAACAUCUUAGGAUCUUUAAAAUAAAAUGUAUUAUCCACCCAGAUCGAUACAGAUUUUGUUUGUGGAAAAAACAAUUUAACUGUUUCAUGCCCUGGAAUGUUUUGUGCACCAGAAU